CUACUUUUCCGCUCGGUAGGGAAUAGUUCUUGCCACGGACAUUGCAGAAGAAAAUGCAGAGCCUUGUCCUGCGCUGUGUGCGUGUGUUGGCUUUCCAGGCUGCUCUGGUUUAGAAUCGCACUUCUCUCUGUCACUGGGACCGUUCUGUGCGUCUGGUUGAAGAUGGACGUAAAAUAAAUCUGUUGGCUGUUUUUGAGCUUGCUUGUAGCUGAAAUGGGGGGAAAGAAGCCAUGAGACCCUACUCUGCACAGAAAGAGAUCAGUCAUGGCGGGUGAUGCCAUCAUGGUCAUGAGAGGCUUGACAAAGCUUAGUAAAGCAGUCCUAGAAACCCAAGCAGGACAGCUUCGGCAGGUGCUCCUUGGGGGCGAUGCAGUUACCGUUGCAAGGACUCUCCAGGCCGCUGCUGAAGAACAGUUCAGUUCUGCCUUGGGGAAAAUGCAGGAACUAGGCAAACAGCAGGAGAACUUAACUGAUCUCAGUGAAGAUUUUGGGAAAGACUAUGACUUCUCAGCCCGAGAGCCAUCAGAUGCUCCAAUGGACUUCUCCACUGCCCCUGGCAAGCCUCAUGAACACAGCGGUGAAGGCCCUGCUUACUCUUACACUACAAAUGGACCGUUUAGAAGUGUCGGUGAGACUGGAGAUUCUGGCAUGGGUCAGAAGCCGUUCCCUCCCAAAAUGGAUGCAAGGUUAUUUGGAGGCUUUAGGGACCCUGCAAAUCCUUUUGCUGUUGCCUUUGGACAAAAUAGGGCUUUUCACCAAGACCAUUCCUCUGUUAGUGGAUUAACAGCUGAAGAUAUUGAUAAAGCCAGACAGGCCAAAACAGGUUCAGAGCAGAAACCCUACAAACAGAUGCUCAGUGAGCGGGCCCGGGAGAGGAAGGUUCCUGUCACAAGGAUCGGACGGCUUGCCAACUUUGGAGGACUAGCUGUUGGUCUUGGCAUUGGGGCAUUGGCAGAAGUUGCAAAGAAGAGCCUUAGACCUGAGGAACGCAAUGGAAAGAAAGCGGUGAUGGAUUCCAGCCCGUUCCUGUCGGAGGCCAAUGCAGAAAGAAUUGUGAGAACCUUGUGCAAGGUCCGGGGAGCGGCACUGAAGCUGGGACAGAUGUUAAGCAUUCAGGAUGAUGCCUUCAUCAACCCCCAUCUCCAGAGGAUUUUUGAGCGUGUACGUCAGAGUGCUGACUUCAUGCCGAUAAAGCAGAUGAUGAAAACUCUGAACAACGAUCUUGGCCCCAACUGGAGGGAUAAACUGGAGUCCUUUGAAGAACGCCCCUUUGCUGCUGCUUCGAUUGGUCAGGUUCACCUGGCACGCUUGAAAAACGGGAAAGAAGUUGCCAUGAAAAUCCAGUACCCCGGAGUCGCCCAGAGCAUCAACAGUGAUGUUAACAACCUGAUGACUGUCCUGAGCAUGAGCAAUAUUCUCCCUGAAGGUUUGUUCCCUGAGCAUUUGAUUGAAGUCCUGAGCAGAGAGCUGGCCCUGGAGUGUGACUACCAGAGAGAAGCUGCCUGCGCAAGGAAAUUCCAGGAGCUGCUGAAAGACCACCCCUUCUUUUACGUCCCAAGAGUAGUGGAUGAGCUGUGCAGCAAGCAUGUCCUGACCACAGAGCUGGUGUCUGGCUUCCCUCUGGAUCAAGCUGUAGGGCUGAGCCAGGAGAUUCGGAAUGAGAUCUGUCACAACAUCCUGGUCCUGUGUCUGCGGGAGCUGUUUGAGUUCAGGUACAUGCAGACUGACCCAAACUGGUCAAACUUCUUCUAUGACCCGCAGUUGCACAAGGUGGCCCUGCUGGACUUUGGAGCAACACGAGGGUUUGAUGAGAAGUUCACAGAUGUCUACAUAGAGGUAAUCAAGGCAGCUGCUGACAUGGACAGAGAGAGAGUACUGAAGAAGUCCAUUGAAAUGAAAUUCCUCACUGGCUAUGAAGUCAAGGAAAUGGAAGAUGCCCACUUAAAUGCUGUCCUCAUCCUGGGAGAGGCUUUUGCGUCUGAGGAACCUUUUGAUUUCGGCAACCAAAGCACCACUGAAAAGAUCCAUGGUUUAAUCCCAGUCAUGCUGAAGCAUCGGCUUGUCCCUCCGCCAGAGGAGACCUACUCUCUUCAUCGGAAGAUGGGGGGUUCUUUCCUUAUCUGCACCAAACUGAAGGCCAAAAUUCCCUGCAAAAACAUGUUCCAAGAGGCAUAUAGCAAAUACUGGAGCAGUAGGGGCAAGAAGCCAGAGGAGUAGUAAGAAUGAACUAACAAGUCUUGUUCUGAGGGCACAGUUCAUCUGAGCCUUGCAGAGAGCGUUCUAGCCUCCCAUGCGUUGCACCCCAGCUCUCCAUCCUCUUGAGAUGCAGCAGCCCGUGCCCUGGAAGCCAAGUGUGUGUUUCCCAAGGACAAAGCUGUUCUUUCAUGCUGUGUCUGUCCUACACUGACUGCCAAUCCAGUCUGCAGGUUGCAGGAAACUGUCUUCUUGAGUGCUUCUGUACUGUUGCAAGGCAGCAGCUGACUACCUUGAAUGCAUUUUUAAGGUUGUGAUGGUGGCUGCAUAUUGAUUGGGUUUUAUAACGAGUAGGGGAAGGAGGACAAGAGCAGAAUUUAAUAUUGGAACCUGUUUGUAAUUCUCCAAAAAUUGUUUUUUAAAAAAAACUUCCCUCUUUCAUGCUAAGGUGGAAUCCAAGUAGUUUUCAUACUGUGAAUUAUAGAAUGAAAUACCAAGGUGUACCCUACCACAGACACAUUCAGCACCUCCCUCCCCCCCCAUUUUUGUAAGUCAAGUGGUGGCAGUCUAAGAACCCUCCUGGAUUUUACUGACAUUGAUUUAAUGCAAGGGGGGUGUGUGUGUACAUAGGAUGAAGUUUUAUGCUUUCUGCCUCUUUUUGGCUUGCAAGCUAAACAUAGGAAAUAUUUUAAAAAUCUGAGAAUUGAGUGCCAAUCUCUUUUAAACACACACAUACACUCACACAACCCAUCUCAGUUCUGGGAGUCAAAUAUGUAAUCAACAGAUCUAUAUCUGAGCACAGAUAGUGGGAUUCUUCACUGUCUGGUAGGUAUUGGCUUUCCUGAGGGCGAGUUAGAUAAGCUACAACUCUGACACCAAUUGCUUGCUGGACUCCUAACCAAGAACCUAGUCUGUCUGUCUCUCUCUUUUCCUGUAAUGCAGAACUUACGGCAAGGCAGACAAACACAUAAUGUCUCUCAUGAGCAUUUCAAGCUUUUGCUGAAAUGUCACACAUUUAAAACCAGACGCACAGUUUAAAACUAUUGGAGUCAAGCUAGGAAAUUUACUUUCUUAGAUUUUUGUACAAAGCCUGUACCUGUAUGACUUCCUGAUUUCAAUAAAAAAGUGCUUGUG